AUGUCCCAUGACAACACUGGUCUUCAAUUAGAAUUACAAAUAAGGGUACUCAACAAUCUUUUAGAAAUAGCCAAAAGAGAAGAUGUUAUAAUAUUUGCAACUAUUCAAAGAAUUCAAAAAGAAUCGAUCAAAGUAUUAUCAGAGAAUAUAAUAAUCAAACAUAAACAACCUUUAGAAAAAUUUGGAAGAUUUUGGUAUUUCUUGACAAUUUAUUCAUUAAAAGGAAAUUCAUAUACAAGUAUUACUGAAAAGGCUUUCAAAAAGGCUAGAGAAAACAAAGAUAAUUCUGUAGAAAUUGAAACAUCAAUAAAUUCAGCAACUAAUUCAAGGUUAGCAUCAAAGAAAAGUUCAAGAAGAAGUUCAAAAGCAUCAAAAAUGCCUAAAAGUAAUAUAUUAGUCAAUACAUCCUCUCAUGAUCAGAGUUUACCACCAAAGAAUAAUAAUAAUGAUCCUUUUCAGAAUCCCUCAGAAAAUGAAUUGAAAUGGCUGAACUUGUCAAGAUCAGAUAAAGCAGUCAAAAAUUACUCUGGAAAUAGAUUAGAAAUCCAUGAAGAAUUAGCGAAUCAAAGAUCAAAUAAUAUAGAAGAUAAAAGAAGAAGAAAUAAUACUCCUCCUCUUCCUUCAGAUACUGGUAAUGAAUUGCUCAACCAAUUAUUGUUAGGAUUUACUAAUGUAUUAAAUACACAUACAGAAUAUGUUAAAGAAUUCCAUAAAAAUGAUUUUGAAUAUGAAGAAAAUCAAGAAUAUAUCAAUGAACUCCUUAAAAAUGAUGAACUUAUAGAAUACUGGCAUGUUUUCCAAGGUAAUGUCACACUUUGUUUGAUUUAUAAUUUUGAUGAUGUUGAUUAUCAUAGUCACAUGAUUACAAAGAAAAAGAUUCAAAAACUACAACAGAUUCUAAAACAACAUGCUAAAAAUGGAGAUAUUAAAAUGUUUUGUUAUAAAUGUCAAAAGAAAGAUCAUCAUCAACAAGAUUGUCUUUUUACAUUUUGCUCAAGAUGUCACAAAUGGAUAGAUUAUAACUAUCAUAAAUGCUUAUCAAAUGAUUCCAUAAAUAUAUUUCAGUUAAUCAAAAAAUCAAAAACUCCAACUUAUGUGAUGAAUUUAAUUUAUAAUGAUGCUGGAGAAGAAUGGAAACUACAGGACGCUUAUUUUGCUGAAGCUGAAGUUUUUGAAAAAAGAAUUAAUGUGAUGAUCAACACAGGAGCUGUUAGAUGCAUCAUUACUAAAAGAUUUCUAGAUUUAGUAAACAAAGAAAUAGAAGCUUCUACUAAAAAUAAUGAAAAGUAUUCAUUUUGUCAAAAAUUAUAUGAAGAUCUUGAAGAUUAUCGAGUUGCUAAAGCUCAAAUAGAGGAAGAUGAUGAAUUAAUAGAAAUAACAAAAGGAAAAGAUACAUCAAUUAGAAGUUUAACAAAUAUACAAAGGAUGCAACUUCAACAACUACUCACAAAAAACAAAGAUCUCUUUGCUAAUAACAAAUCUGAAUUGACUCAAACAAAUGUUGCUCAACAUUCUAUU